AUGCAGUCCGACGACGUUAUCUGGUCUGUCAUCAACCAUCAGUUCUGUUCUUACAAAGUCAAGACUGCCACCCAAAACUUCUGCCGUAACGAAUACAACCUCACUGGAUUCUGUACCCGACAAUCAUGUCCUCUUGCCAACUCGCGAUAUGCCACUGUCCGUGAGAAGGAGGGCGUCCUCUACCUCUACGUCAAGACCAUUGAACGAGCCCACACUCCUGCCAACAUGUGGGAACGCAUAAAGCUCUCUAGCAACUACACCAAAGCGCUUGAACAGAUCGACAAAGAAUUAAUCUACUGGCCCAAUUUCGUCACGCACAAGUGUAAACAGAGAAUAACCAAAAUCACCCAGUACUUGAUCAAGAUGCGUCGUUUGAGCAUGACCCAGCAGCCCAAGAAGGUCGGCAUCAAGAAGAAGCUCGAACGUCGUGAAGCUACCCGUGAACGCAAAGCCCUCGCUGCCGCCCACCUCGAAAAGAAUAUUGAGAAAGAGCUCCUCGAGCGACUCCGCUCAAAAGCUUACGGCGAUGCUCCUCUCAAUGUCAACGAAGAUGUUUGGCAACAAAUUCUGGACAUGGACAGCAAGGGCAAAGACAGGGAUCUCGAGAUGGAUAUGGAGGACGACGAGAGUAUGGACGAGGAGGAAGAGGAGGAGUGGGAGGGAGGAGAGAGGGAGUACGUGGAAGACACUGAUGAUGAGAGUGUGGGCGAUCUGGAGGAUUACAGCGGGAGCGAGUUUGACGAGUUCGAUUCUGAGGCGGAGGGGUCGCAGGGACAAGCAUUCCCCUCUGACCUCGAAGUCUCUGGGGACGAGGAUGAGGAUGACGAGGGUUCCGAAGCUUCUGGCGCCUCUUCACCCGAAGCUCCUGCGCCCAAAAAGGCUCCCGCUCCUGUGGCUGGUACCAAGCGAAAGGCACCGAAGUCUGGUGGGCCUGCGAAGAAGGCUGGCAGGAAGCCUCGAGUGGAUGUCGAGUAUGAGAUGGAGACUGAGCCGCUCUCUAGGGAGAUGCUGAAGGACUGGUAG